UGACGUGUUACUUCCAUAGCCUCUGAACAGCAUGGCGACCUCUGCGGGGAAGAACGUGCGCCAGGCCUGUGGGACCUUUGAGGAUGUCAGCAUCUCCUUCUACCAGGAGGAAUGGGUGUUCCUUAAUGCAGCUCAGAGGCGCUUGUACCUCCAUGUGAUGCUGGAGAACUUUGCACUUGUAACCUCUGUAGGUUGUGUACAUAGAGUAGAUGAUAAGGAGGCAUCGAUGCCCACUGUUUGUCUGGAAGAGGUGUCACACUUGAGGACUCCAAUGGCAUGUCCAUCCACUGAGAAGUUUCACCCCUGUGACAUCUGUACCUUUGUCUUGAAAGACAUUUUACACAUGGCUGCUCCACUUGUGCAGAAGCUGUACAUGACUAGAGAAUGUGCAAUCCUAGUCCAGAAGCAUCACACUGCAGAGAAUCCUUUGAAGUGGGACAUGGACAGGAAAUCAUUUCAGAAGAGCUGUGAAUUAUUUGUGUCCAGGAAAUUGUUUAAUUGUAAUGAGAUUUGGAGGUAUUUCCCAGCUGUUUUUGACCUUUUGAAACCCCACGUCAUUUGUAAUGAUGAGAAGCCAAAUGAAGCUGAAUUAGAGGAGACCUUUAACAAUGGAAAAAGUUGUUCCAGAUUGGUUAACAGCAACAAGGCUUCCAGCCAUAAAAAUGUGGUUUUUUAUAACCUGGCACUCCACAAUGCAAAAAAGCUUUAUGAGAAUAGGAAGCAUGAGAAAAACUUACAUGAUGUCGACUCACUUGGUCAGCACCAGAGAGUUCACACUGGAGAAAGGCCUUAUGAGUGUAGAGAAUGUAGGAAAUCCUUUAAGGAAAGAAGGGCCCUUAUUGUACACCAUAGAGUUCACACUGGAGAAAGGCCUUAUGAGUGUAGAGAUUGUGCAAAAUCUUUUACGCAAAGAAUUUCCCUUAUUGUACAUCAGAGAGUCCACACUGGAGAAAGGCCUUAUGAGUGUACAGACUGUGGAAAAUUUUUUACGCAACUAAUUGCCUUUAUUGUACACCAGAGAGACCACACUGGAGAAAGGCCUUAUGAGUGUAGAGAUUGUGGGAAAUCCUUUAAGGAAAGCAAGGCUCUUGUUGCACACAAGAGAGUUCACACAGGAGAAAGGCCUUACGAGUGUAGAGAAUGUGGGAAAUCUUUUAAGUACAUAAGUGAUAUAAAUAAACACCGGAAAAUCCACACUGGAGAAAGGCCUUAUGAGUGUAGAGAUUGUGGGAUUUCUUUUAAGGAAAGACAUGACCUUGUCAUACACAAGACAGUGCACACUGGAAAAAGGGCUCAUGAGUGUAGAGUAUGUGGGAAAUCCUUUAAGCGAGGACGUGACCUUACUGAACACCAGAGAGUCCACAGUGGAGAAAGGCCUUAUGAAUGUAGAGAAUGUGGGAAAUCCUUUAAGGGAAGAUCUGCUCUUAGAAGUCAUCAGAGAGUUCACUCUGCAGAAAGGCCUUAUGUGUGUACAGAAUGUGGAAAAUCUUUUAAACAUGUAAGUGUUGUAACUGUACACCGUAAAGUCCACACUGGAGAAAGGCCUUAUGCGUGCAGAGAAUGUGAGAAAUCUUUUAAGCGAAGAAGUGAACUUACUGCACACCAGAGAGUCCACAGUGGAGAAAGGCCUUAUAAAUGUAGAGAAUGUGGAAAAUCCUUUAAGGGAAGAUCUGCUCUUUCAAGUCAUCAGAGAAUCCACACUGAAGAAACACCUUAUGAGUGUAAAGAAUGUGUGAAAUCCUUUAAAUAUAGAAAUUCCCUUAUUAUAUACCAGAAAGUCUACACUGGAGAAAAGCCUUAUGAUUGUAGACAAUGUGGGCAAUACUGUCUGGUGGCCCUUACUGUACACCAGAGAGGCCACACUGCACUUUGCCUGCUGGUGGAGGAUCCUUUCUUGGAAGGUCGGGCUGCCUUUGAGAAUCCAUACCUGUAG